GAUUUGUGUGAAUGAUGGAUGAGAUGUUACCGUGGAAACCGACACCGUAAUCUCUAUGGAUACCAUUCUAGACAGCUAGGAAUAGUGCUGUUUGACUAUGUAAGAUAUAUGAGAGUGAAGGUCGUUUUGGAUAUUGUGACAUAGUGGCGCAAGAGAACGGCUUUUUCUCAUCACUUGAUUUUAGUUCUAUUGUGGCACCGCUAAAAACCGCCAAGAUUUCGUUCACAAAUUUUCGCAACACGUGGGACGGAGGGAUGAACUUUCUACGUAGGAGAUUCAGCUCAGGGGAUCUAUCGGGGGAGCUUAAGAGUGAUGAUGAGCUUAAUUUCUCGAGACUCAAUUUUACUAAACGGGGUCCGUCCCCGAGUGCGCCAAGUUCGCCAACUAAAACACAAAGUACUGCUGGAUUUUUUUCAUCAUCAUCAUCUUCCAGUCAAGCACAUAAACCAGCUUAUAAUAAAGACCGAUGCAAAACAUUACUUGUCAUUGAUGAUCAACACACAAAUUGGGGUAAAUAUUUCCAGGGUAGGAAGAUAUUUGGAGACUGGGAUGUACGUGUUGAACAAGCAGAAUUUAAUGAGAUAAAUUUAGCAUCAUACUCAGAUACGGGAACCAUGGUUGAUAUACAAGUAACUAGACAGGGAACCAAAGUUGUCAGAUCUUUCAAGCCAGAUUUUCUGCUGAUACGGCAACAUGUACGUGAUGCCGGGGAGGACUGGAGGAAUAUUCUCAUAGGAUUUCAGUAUGGUGGAAUACCCAGUAUAAAUAACCUACAUGCUUGCUAUAACUUUCUAGAUAAACCAUGGGUGUUUGCCCAGUUAGUACAGAUACAGAAUCGACUCGGACCUGAGAUCUUCCCGCUGAUUCAUCAGGCGUAUUACCCUAACCAUCGCGAAAUGGUGAGUAAUUUAUGGGUGAGUGUCGCUCCAGAUUGGCCGUUGUUCCACCCUGCAACGAGCAAGCGACUGAUCCAUUUCAUUUAGCCAUACUUGGUUUGUAUAUUCCAAGGUUACUAUAGCAACUGCUGUUUGUAUUUAAUUUAUAUAUAGA